UGUGGUUUCAUGCUUCAACGAUGCUCCGAUUAUUUCCAAUGUUUUUCAUUCUACUAUGGCUGCCCGUUCAAGUCACGGCUCGCUUCUGCGAGGGCGGGCACAUAUGUUCGCUGCCACGCGAAUGCUGCACCCAGGGUUGUUGUCCACCAUAUCAAAGUGGACCGCGACAGCUACCCCCACCGUCGGAGCAUGUACUGAACUUAUUCUUUAUCAGCCAUUGGUUCUUUUGGUGCGUCGUGGUGGCCGUCAUUUUAGCCAUACUUUGUGCCUACUCGUUGUGGAAAAAGCGACGUACACUCUGUGGCUGGGGUUUUACGGAGCAUCAUACACAAUCCGAGGGAGAUUCGGCCGGCUCCUGCUAUGCACCGCCGCAAUAUAGUCGCUGCAAUUCGUUUCAUCACCCUCCCCCGCCGUACACGGAGGUGGCAUCGAAACCGGAUCUAUACCCGCUCGUUUUUACAUGCAACAACGAAAAUAGCAAGGGAAAUGCCGGCUCCAGCUAUUUGAUGGUGCAAUAUUUUCGCAACUACAUUGUGCGUCCAACGGGCUCACUGAGUGCCGCCAGCACUGUUGACUCGCUUAGCUCCAGCUUCAUUUGCAAUAUCAACGAGGCCAACACAUUGGUGCCGCCACCCUACUCACGAGCGGCCAGCCCUGAGCUAAGCCUACAUUACGGUGCAAACAGAGAGCCACCACCUAGCUCGCAAUUAGCAGCGCCGCAAUACGGCUUGCCACGGUCCGCAUCCCAGCUGGUAGAGCCAGAAUAUCAGCCACGAGCCCACUAUGCUACCGUUGCAGUGGACAGAAAUACAGGACUUGGCGCUGGCACAGCGCAUUAUAGUACACGGUUACAUAACUCGCACAGCGGACACUUCUCGCCGGGUGAGUCGUCCGUUGACUCGGCUGGCCUUAUGCAUACCGGUGGCGUUGGAGGAGGCUUUCUGCAGUCGCAGAGCGAUCAGCAUUUCCGCUACAUGGUAAACAGCCGCAGCAGCCUCAGUGAUAUAUUUGUGAAUAACAGCUGUGCGGCGGGCUUAGGAGUGGCUGGACCAGAUGUGGGUGGAGCUGCAAGUGGAGGGGCCACACAGACAUCUUCAUUGUGCAGCCUGGCUUUAGCAGCCGGGGGCACACCAGCCAUUUACAACAAUGCUUGCAUACAGUCCAAUCCGCUGCACAGUUUAGAAAACUGCUGCCAGUUAGUGUCAGCGGAGGAAGCGGCUGCAGCGGUAACGGCGCCCACAACAGCCAGCACAGUGUCUGGAGUAAGUAGCCUCUCAAAUAUUGGCACGCCUGGCUCUCCCCCCCAAGCUACUAGCCCAACCGGCGAGGUGCGCGAAAUACUCGACCAAAUAAGUAAGCUACAAGCGGACGUCAGCUACGAACAGCUGCUGCUUACCGGUGGUGCUAAGCCACGUUUGCAGCACACGCUGUCCAGGCCAAUAACACGACCCGCCACACUGCAACACACCGCAUCAACACCGAUGUCAACAACGCCGACAUCAGCGACUCCCAGUAAAGGAAAAAAGUUCUAUGCGUCGAAGCCGCCUAAUAAGGCGUUAUAUAUACCAAUGGCAGUAAUGGCGCCACCGCCUGCCCAACGCUGUGUGCUCAAGAGCCCCAUUAGUAGCGUUGUCAGCGGUGCUAACUUUUUUGUUAACCGCGGACGGGUGGCCCGUAAGGGUUGGAUAUCUCGCUCGGCACCAACAACGCCAGGCAGCGGACUCCCGCCCAAUCGAUUGGGUGAUGACAGCCCAUUAUUGAAUGAGCACGAUGAGGAUACCAUCGACGAAUCUGGGCACGGGGAGCAAUUGGAAUAAUACACGCCGCCCCCACAAAACGGCAGAGAUAGUUCAAACACCUAUAGAUGUAAGCUUUUAAUCAAACUGCAGCUUAGUAGGUCAUCCUUAGAUCGCCUAAAAUCAAAGUGCCAAAAAAUACCAAAAAAAAAAAAAAAAAAAAA